GUAAUAGGCGAUAUUAUGCCGCCCACGCCCUAGCAGGUUCUUUCGGUGCUCCAGUAGUAGCCCACAGGCUCAUAAACCUGCACCCAAAAGCUCUACCAUCGCAAAUUAUUAUUAACAUGAAAAAAAAAAAUUUUUGUUUUCACGAUUUUAACUAUUGUUGAUAUGGAUAGGUCGCCAUUUUGAAAGCUCCUUGGGGUAACCCUUCCUGAUCUGUGACGUCACUCCCCCCUGGCACAGUUUCCUAAUUAUUCAGGGUCACGGGUCAAGGGUUACCGCGCAUAAAUUUAGCACAAGACUCUCCCGCAAUUUUAUUCUAAAUAGAACAGAUUGAUAGACGAUUUUUAUUUGUAUUCGCGUGUAUGUCUAUUAAUCUUAGCAUUCAUUUAAGGCACCAAAUAAUAAAAAGAAUACUCUUACCUUCAGCUUUGUGGAAAUUAAACAAUAAACAGUACGAUUUAGCACAAAUAGGUUUAGAUCUAGCCGGCAGAGCACUGGCGGCACGCAAUAAGCUAGAUGUUGUUCUAAUUAUAACUUUACCGCCAAACUGAAUAUAUUUUACAAGAAAAACGAGGCUAUUUGGGGUUAAGGGUUGAGCCUUUACAAUCAAUUACUGGUAUCAAUAAAUUUCACUUGUUGGCAUACUUUUAUAAUGGACGUAUAGACCUACACAAAAUAGUGUAUUAAUUGUCUAAUGUUGGUAUAGGAUCAAUUUAAUUUUUUUUUGGUGCGACUACCUAAUAAUAAUAUAGCAUGGAGACUAAAGAUAACAUAAAGGCCUAAUACGAAAAAUGUUAUUUAACACCUUUUCAUACCAAGUUAAAAAAACCUAAAACAAAUGCGAUACAUUUAAUAACACAUCUCCUCUCUUAUUGCUAAAGACAUUCCCUUGACAUUCUGAUAAUGAAAACAAAAAAAUUAAGGAUGUAGGCUAGACUCGAAAUCAUCUUAAAUCCUAACUAAAGCUUUAAAAAAAACGUUUGACUGAAGUACUGAAGUAGUGAUUGUUCAACAAUUCUGUAUGGAUUCUGUACAGGAAGCAGCUAAGGAUUCCUUCAAUGUUCACCCAAGAUGUCUGUGUUACAUGAGCAUUUCAACUCAAGACCCAUUACAAAUAGCGAUUGGUUUGCGAAUUCCGGAGCAGUGAAGAAGGACUGCUUUUCUAUUCAACAGCUACCGUAUGCAAAAGGUUUAGGGAGCUGAAAGGUGAUUGGCGUAACAAAGGUGCUCUGUCGAAUCAGAAACCCUAUUAGUAACGAACCAUGUCGGGAUUGCCAGAGUCGGACCACCGCCCCAUACCCAGCUCUCACAGUGCCCUCGAGCGUCUGCACGGAGCCGUCCUUGUAAAUUGUGGACAGUCCAGCCGGAUACGAAGCAAUAGCCUCUCUGGCUGCUUGUAGUAGCCGUGUAGGAUCGCACCGCUUUGUCACCUCCGGUUGAAGUAGGCUAUUUUGUACCGACGGCAUGCCGAAAGCUUUGUCAAAGGGGUAGGAACCGGACGGGGAAAGAGCAGCCCGCUCCACCGGUAGAUUCAUCUCUCUUAACAGCCCACGCGCCACAUGCAUGAAGCAGGGCCGGUUUUUUGAGACGUCUCUUGCCCUCCCAGUUGUCGACCAGACUUCUGAGCGGACAUCCCUCCUCCAGCCCCGCAUCAGCUUGCUUUAAUUGCCAUAGAAAAGAUCACCUGGGAGCUGGUGGCUUCAAACGAGACAGCUGGAGAUCUCUUACAAAGGAUGCCGUCAUUGUUUACUUUGUUACUCGAUCUACCACUUCGAGGGGGUGGUCAUUCAUUCAAUUGAUUUAAAUGGAUAUUUCUGAAACGUGACUUUUUUUUAAAGAUUUAUUGUUAAACCCCGAUUUACAGUGAUUUGAAUUAGUCUAGAUAAUAUUUUAGGAUCAGGAUCUACGGUACAUAGAUCUAGAUCUAAAGUUAUGAAAUUUUGUAAAUUUAAAUAAUCUCGAGCUACUAGAUCUAGAACUAGUCUAGAUCUGUACACCUUGGACAGCUGUAUGAAUAAGCCUUAUUUCUUAGGACUGUCGUCAUGUUACGAUGGCGAGUUUAAAUCCUGUCAGCAUACAUCUUUUUGUUGUCCAGCAGAACGUUUGGAGUAGGACGUAAUAAUAGUUUCCUAGUGAAUAUCCUAAACUUACUAAACAAACAAACAAAAAUAGAAACUAGAUCAACUAAUUCAUUUGGAUUAUUUCUAUAGGCCUACUCUGGUUCUAAGAUUAGUUAUGAUUAGUAUCGAGGAUAUACAUGUUCUGCUGAAGGAUCAAGAGUAGUUAUUGACUUGAAUGACAGCAUAGAAUGUUUAAAAACUCUCUGGAAGCAAAACAAAAUUCACGAAUUAGCGCUUAGAUCUACAUAAGUAGGUAAUAGAUCUAGUAGGCCUAGAGGUUUGGAUUAUUUACAGCCCUACAGUCUAGGUCUGAGAUUAUGAUGUUCUAUAGAAAGUAUUUAGGUCUAAUUCUUCUCAAAUGUUUCCACUAAAUAUGCAUGCGGUUUGUAAUUGGUAUAUGCUGGUAAGACUACUCUACAAAUAACGAUGAUCUAUUAUGAUUAUUCUGAUUAUGACACUGCAGAGAUAGCCUACAAUUAAUUUAUUGGACAAAUGCGCUAGGUUGCCUGGGUAGAGCAGCUUUACCCAAUGCAAUCCUUUUGGAAUGCCUAAAGUUUCCCUACAAUAAACGCAUUCAAAUGCAGGUGUCCGUUCGCCAUACACUGGCACAGAGAAGAGCUCCAGGCAGAUAAUGUCUAACCAAAUAACACUAGGGUCAAAGAGAAGCUGUCCGAAGACAGGCGAAGAUGGCGAAUGGAAACUUAAAUAGACAGAAGAAGAGAUUUCUGUUCGUUGAAGGACUAGGCCUCUAUUGGAUAUGCCCUAACGUUUCUGUGUCCUGGUCAGAGCUGUCUUCUCGAAUACAAUUGCCAUCAACAAAUCGAACGCCUAAUAACAUCUGCUCAGUGCCUGUUUCAUCACCGAAAUGCCCAGCAAAUGCAUUUAAUUCCUUAUGCUUCUUGUAUUUUUUUUUUAGCUUGCUGCUACCGGUGCUCCGUUUAUCCAAAAUCCAGUCUCAGACGAACCAAAUGAAGAACUUUCUUAUGUGCCAUCGUACUGGUUAUCAUGUUUAUCCCAAUAUUUUAUGGAAUUCAACACCGACCGCAACUCAUCAAGAUGUUAAUAUAUUUGCCAAAAAAAGACUCACGCAUGUUCAAAUAAACUUUCCAUUUUAUCAUAUUGAAAGACAACAGGCAAAAAAAAAUUCUACUCUAAGGCAAAAAGAAAAACGAAUUUUUGUCCUAUUCUAGGCCGUUAGUUUACAAGUAUGAAAUGUGUAAAUAAAAAAAAAUAAAAACAUAAAUUCAGAGCUAUCGAGCCAUAGAAUAUUUCACACCACCAAUAAAGCUUACAGGUUCAGCUGUCUGUCCAAAGUUAUGUGUGAUGCGUCUAGUAUGGUAACAUAACUUGCUGCCACCGCUGGCUAGCAUCUGUUAAAGGGGAGCAAUUUGUAAGUCUCUCUUGCCAGUACAUAGCCUCUCCACAGCAAGUCCCAUGCCGUACCUCCUCGUGUUGACAGGUGGAAACUGAAGCUGUGAAGCCUCAGGCUAAUCUGCAAGGGUCUCAGAGCAGGUUUGGCUCCAAGAUGUGAGGCAGUCAUGACACAUUGGUGUGCAGACACGCCCUGCUGCACACUAACCAACCCUUAGCUAUAGGUUGAUAAUCGCACUUUGUGUGUGUGUGUCCCUGUAAGGUCCAAGGCUAAGGGGGAAAAAACCCUAACAGAAAAACCGCUUUUGGAGCCCCGUAGGCGGUGGACAGAGGUAAGACCACUGCUCUCAGGCAAACUCCUGAAGUCAUCUGACUCUUAAUUGCGAAUGGUUUUCAUCCUUUUGUAUCCGGUCAGUAUGGAAGAGAGGCGAUUGUUGACGUGUGGGCAAACCAACACUCGCAAAUUUACACCCAUGCUUUCCCCCAGGCUGUGGAGAGGUCACUCGAUCUCGUUGCAAAGGAAAAAGUUCGUCCUUAUCUUAUCUUCUUAUCUUAUAUAAUACAGACAUUACUUCAAAAAAAGAAGAUGAUUACGUCAUACGCGUAAUGCAUUUAGUCAUGCAUAUUAAUAAUAAUAAUACUAAUUUUAUUUAUAAAGCGCUGUUAACAAACAAAAUGUAGGCUCAAGGCGCUGUAACAACAUUACAAACAAAAACACGAGAGCUACAAUGGCAGUUAAUCUAAAAAAGUUUUAAACAAGUAGGUCUUAAUGUUCUUCUUAAAAGUGGUGUAGCAUGUUGUCUGUCUGAGAUCAAUGGGGAGUGAGUUAAUAUUAACCAAUGACCACUUCGAGAUGUGAAAUGCCAAGAAAAUUCCUGAUUAGCUUAUUCUAGGCUAUUAUAAUAAUAGCUUAACAUGCAACUGUACUUAAGUGGAAGCACUAGGUCUACUUAUUAAGCUGCUACUUUCAAUAAAUUAAUUAAUUUAAAGGUGCAAAAGAUUGUCUAAAAUUUGGCUUCUCAAAAUUCAGGGAGGGAGGGGUGCACGUACAUUGUCCGCGUUAAUUCCUGAAAAGCCUAGGCUAGUUUUAUUCGGUGUAAUGAACAAAUUGUAAGACAAUUUUUUUUUUAUGAAUAAUAACGUUUAUCAUUAGUAGUAGUAGUAUCAGUCUAAUACAAUUACUUAUCCUAACAACUGUAGGCCUACUUUAGUGGAAGCACUACAGUUGCCACUUAGAAAAAGUUAAUGGAUUUGAAAAAAAAAAAAAAAAGGCUAGAAUUCGGCUACUCAAAAUCCAGGGUGGUGCAAGUGUGGAACCUUGCAUCCCCCAGCGGGCGCCUAUGGUAGGACCUAAGUAAUUAGCAUUUUCAAUGCACGCGCAAAAAAAAAAAAAAAAAAAUCCCGCCAAACUUUCGCGUCAGUUCCAGCCAGUUAGACUUAAGGCCUUUGAUUAGCCGGCUUUGAUCUAGACCUCUGUUUACUAAUUAGUUCAUAAUGGCUGCCAAUUUUAGUAGUGAUUCUGUUUCCACUGUGGAUACUUUUGCUAAUGUUUCUCACAGUAAGUGCACAGGUUGUCAGCUGACACAGAAAAGCUUUGACAUUAUUUUAAAUGACGAAGACAGACUACUACAAUUUUUAUACGACCACGACGUUUUGAAAGAGACUCGACAGUGUGACCAGUGUGACAAGCCAAUGAAUUUACGCGACUCGACUUUCUACUGCAACAAAAGGACUUUUACCAAAAAUAAGAAUAAAAAGAGGGUAUCUGUCCAAUGUCGUUUCCAAAUAUCACAAAACUAUCGAACAUGGUUUGAAAAUGCGCGUAUCCCGCGGAGUAAGGUGUGCAACUUAGUUUCAAUGUGGGUGCUGCUGCGCCCACCUAGAAUUGAUAUUAUGGCACUAGAGCUAAAUAUCUGCAAAAAAACUUGCAUUGAUUGGUGCUCCUUUCUUCGCGAGGUAUGUGCUCAUUACGUGCUUCGUACUAGAGAUGGUAAAUUAGGGGGGCCAGGAAAGGUAGUUGAGAUCGAUGAGGCCAAAAUCGGGAGGUCGAAGUACAACAGAGGAAGGCGAAUAGAAGGGAGUUGGAUCUUCGGUGGUAUUGAGAGAGGUACAAAGAAAUGCUUUUUGUGUCCAGUGGCCUCGAGGGAUGCUGUAACACUUCUCACCCUCAUUCGGGAGAACAUUGAGCCUGGGACCACUAUUAUAAGUGAUUGUUGGAAAGCAUACUCCCGUCUCAGUAAUGAGGAUUUCCAGCAUUUUACUGUCAAUCACUCUUAUAAUUUUGUGGACCCUGAGACCAAUGCCCACACGCAAAAUAUUGAAAGACUUUGGAGGGAAGUCAGGUCGUCCGUCCCACGCUAUGGUAAUAGAAAGCACCAUCUGCAUGGUCAUCUUGCCGAAUUCAUUUUUCGAUACAAGAACCCUGACUACGUGAAUAGAAUUCACGAGAUUUUCAUUGCUAUAGGUAAGCUAUACGAUGGAUCUCCCCUUCCCGCCGCCGAAGAUGACUCAGCCAGUGAUUCCGAUGUUGAUUCGUCAGUUGAAUAAAGUAUUAUCAAUUACACCUCAAGCCCACCCAUGUACAGACCACAUUCUUUCUUUCUUGUUUUAGUUCUAAUUCUUACAUUUACUUUUUGUGUUUAAAGAUCUAGAUCUAGAUCUAUGUAAAUACUAUGUGCAUAAAUUGUAUUUCUCUAUACCCUGUUUACUUUGAAAAAAAAGUAAUUUUUUGUUUAAUAUAUCGUUAAAUAUAUCGGCAUUUUCUUCUCCGUGACAUUUUAAGGUAUACCCAUUUUAAAUACAAUUUUGUUUCAUAAAAAGUAGAUCUCUAAUCCCAUUUUUUAAAAAACAAAUUAAACGAUUGACCGAACUAUGACCCUGACAGACAGAAAGGCGGCAAUCUGUGCCAAAACUAGAUAUGUGAGAGACAAAUGUUUAAAAGUGGAUCCAGACCUAUUUGUGCUAAAUCGUACUGUUUAUUGUUUAAUUUCCACAAAGCUGAAGGUAAGAGUAUUCUUUUUAUUAUUUGGUGCCUUAAAUGAAUGCUAAGAUUAAUAGACAUACACGCGAAUACAAAUAAAAAUCGUCUAUCAAUCUGUUCUAUUUAGAAUAAAAUUGCGGGAGAGUCUUGUGCUAAAUUUAUGCGCGGUAACCCUUGACCCGUGACCCUGAAUAAUUAGGAAACUGUGCCAGGGGGGAGUGACGUCACAGAUCAGGAAGGGUUACCCCAAGGAGCUUUCAAAAUGGCGACCUAUCCAUAUCAACAAUAGUUAAAAUCGUG